CCCUAUCCACAGGGCCCACGACGCCUCUAGCGAGUCUCCCUCAACACUCCGCGAAUGCUCGACAACGUCAGCCAAUUCCAUGCUGCGGACGCCUGAGCGCCCGCGGCAGCAAUUUCAUGCAGCACGCAGUUCGAGCAACCACAACCUUGUCUUUGUUUGCACCACAGCCCGUCAAUCAAAGCCGCCGCCGCCGCACAUUCGACGACGACGUACCAUGACACUCGCGAGUACAGGGGUCCGUAGCCGCAAAAAGUCUUCCGACUGGCGUUGCAGAGGCUCAAGUCCGACUCAACAACAUGUCUUUUUCAAACUUUGCCCUCUCACCCUUGCAGCCUGCAGCAAAACCAAAUCCCACUGCCGCCUCGUUUUGCUGCAUCCAGCCCAUCGUCAUUAUUGUCGAGGCCCCGGCCACGCCCUCGUGGCCUGCAGCUCCACUUGGAGGGCAGCUGAUGUUCUCUCACGCCCUGGUCCUGGCGCCCCCCUCUUCGUCUACAGCCGAAUGUCCGGGCGACCCAGAGGCGUGGCGUGUUAUUGUGGUGCAUAUCCUCUCACAGCCGCCCAGCCCUUAACCUCACCAUGCCAUUCUCGUCUCGUCAAGUGCCACUCCACCGUUUGUGCCCCUUCCUUCUUGACCGGCUGCUGCGACAAGCGGAAGCGGUCCAAGUCAACGACACCGCUGUCCGAGCAUGUCAAGGGCCCACUGGCCGGUGUGAACCACUGCUCGGUGCGGGUUGCACACUCGCCUUUAGACCCAAACGGGCGACACUUGCAGGAACCGACAUCGUUGCAAACUAUUCAUGACGCUUGUGUUCCCCUCUUCGCCUUUCCCGCACUUGGUGCUGCAAGGCACGUGCAAGUCGCGCGCGCAACAUGGUCCAGACGCGCCAACAGCCAUGCCUUUGAUGUGAAUUGAGAUCACGACCAUGUCUACUGCAGGCUACUGAGACAGAUCGGGCUGAAACAAUUACUACAGAUUUUGCAUUUGGCGCUUGCUGUGUGGGUAAGCUAGUCGAGCUACACCAUCGAUGCCCGACUGGCCGCUCAUACGUCAACCUGCAGUAAGCAUUGCCGUUCGGAAAUCCGACCCACCCUAUUGGCUUUCAUCAUGUGACUCCAGGCCUUUUGAGGACGAUAUUCCCAGCCGCUACAGACGGCUGCAUAACCUUUACAAUAGCCAUGAGACCCACCAUCACCGUCAUUACUAGCACUAUACUGCUACCGACAGACUGGUUCUCGUCCCAGCGUGAGCUGAGUCACGAAUCUUAGAUCAUAAAGC